UGGAGGGGCCCCAGGGGAAGAGUCUGAGCCCUUGGCAAGCGGCCGCGCCCCUCCCGGGUGCGAUUGUGACAUGGCCGGGGGCGCAGCUCGUGGCCCCGCGGCCCCAGCCCAGCGGCGGGCGGCCAUGGAGCGGCAGGAGCAGUCGGGGCCGGCGGGCGCCGCCGAGCCCGGGGAGAGCCCGGAGGCGCAGUUCCAGGCCGUGGUGCAGCGGACGCAGGUGCUGCUGCUGGCCGGCGAGACGUGGGAGGCGGACCGCGCCCGGGCCGCGCUCAGCUCCUUCGCCCACGAGGUGCUGCCCGUGGCCCGCCGCGCCGCCAGCCCCGCGCCGCCCAGCGCGCCGCCGGCCGGGCAGCUCGUCUUCUUCCUGUGCCGCGCCCCGUCGCUGCGGGGCCGGGCCGCGCGGCUGCGGGAGGUGCUGCGGGGCGUGCGGGAGCAGAGCCGCGGCGCGCCCGCCGCCCUGGUGGGGGUGAUCGUGCAGCCCCGGCCGGAGGAGGAGGCGGAGGCGCGGCGCCGCCUGGAGGAGCUGCUCCUCGAGGUCUUCCAGCCGCCGGAGUCGGGGCCGGGCGCCGCGCCGCGGGUCGAGGUGCACACGGCCGUGUUCCGCCCCGGCCGGCCCGAGGGGGCCCUGGAGGUCAAGAAAGCCGCUUGCGAGGCCCUGAGGGAAGAGCCAGGCAGUGUUUGGUUUGAUUUCAAGAUAGACAUGGACAGUGAGGUGCAGAUGUCAGAGAACUCCCCUGCUGCUGCCACUGGCGAGCAGAUCCUAAAGGAUUUCCAGGUUCUGAUAGAGAAGGUUGGGGGGAAGCCAGAGGUGCUGCUGGUUGGAGAGUCUCAGGAGGGAAAAGACACUCGGGCUCUGAUGGCAGCUUUUGUCCAAGAAUUGUUCCCGGAUGCCUGCAAACCAGGAGUCAGUCCAGCAAUGGCUGUGACACAGACACAGUCAGAGGCCAAGCCUGGUGCUAGCAACAGUCAAUCCCAGCUCAUCUUCUUCCUGUGCCGAGCUUCCUCCCUGCGGGGCAAGCAGGCCGAGGUCCAGAAGAUCUUGAAGGAAGUGAAGAAGUUUAGCCGCAGAGCCCCAGCUGCCUUGGUGGGAGUCAUCGUGCAGCCCAAGAAGGAAGAGGAGACAGAGGCCCGGAAGCUGAUGGAGAGCGUGCUCCAGGGUGCCUUUCCUAGACAGCCGCAUAAACGGGACAAGCGCGGUAGGAAGCGGGGCCAGGCGCUGGAGCUGGAGGAGGUGCAGGUGGAGGUGGAAGUUUUCAUUCCAGGCCGGCCACGGGGGAAACUGGCCAUCAUGAAAGCCGCCUGCCGAGCUUCUGAGGCCCUGCAGCAGCGCACAUCCGCAGAUGUGAAGCGGGAUGGUAUGGACGGAUGGGGGGGAAGCCAGGGAGCACGCGGGGGCAGUGGAUGGAGGAGUGAAGAAGGAUAA